CAUCGAUGUGAGUGCGCUGCCACGGCUGGUUCCAAUGUUUCUUACAUCGUAUUCGAUUACGUAAUUCACAGUCUCUUUGCAAUACGUUGGGGAUCUUGAUCCAUAUUUUCUUUAGUAACAGCGCGCGAAAUUUAGUUGUUUGUUAUUAUAAUUAGGAUGGGAAGCUGCAAUCUCGCAAUAGUGUUUAUUUAUAGCAGCUAUGAUAAGACGCUUAAAUCGUGUGCGAAAAAUCUUAUCUUCUUUAUGCUUUAUUUUUAUUUUUAGACGCAUUAUUCUAAUAUUACAUUCUUUGUAUUUAUGCUUCGGUCAAUGUCCUUGAAAUAAGGGAACGACCCCUAAGUAUGAUGAGCCCCCGAACCGCGUAUUACGAAUUUAGUGCUAAAGCGGUAUACCUACAAAUUAGCGUAUAAAAGCAAACAACAUUUACAUUAAAAUUCAUUAGUUACGAGAAUAGCAGACAUUAUGGAUGAUUUAUGGAAUGAUGAUCCAAAUAUUAACCUUACUUGGGUCGAUAAUCCCUCCCCGAAGAUAGUCGAGGCACAUACAGGAGCAGAAGAUUUAAUAUCAACAUGGUCCAUGUUUCUCGAUUGCUCAACUUUGCUAGAAGUGGGAAAUUCAUUGAGGAAUAGUUUCGAGCCAGUGGUGCAGAUAUUUUGCCCUCCACUCCGAGAAAGUUGUUUGCAUUUUAAUAUUUCCGAAUGGAGCGAUAUUUCCGCUAUUAAAACCGAGCACAACAUUCGACUCAUGCUUAAAAGUACCGACCAGUUGGAACAUGAAGUGUUCGUAGGGUACGGUAUAAAAAUUACGUUGGCUGACUGUGAAAAUGGUAGUAGGGGUAUAAGAAUAAGUCAAGGAUUCAAUUCCAUAGUGCUAACCGAAGAAGCCGUAAAUCGUUUCCUCUCCGCUGUACAUUUUGUACAUCAAAAAUUGGAUUUUCUAAGCGAUUAUUCGACGUACUGGUACUAUCAGGACUUUGCGGAUGAAGUAGCGGAUGAUCUUUGCAAGGACGGUCUGUUCGAUGAACAAAACAUUUUGUCAAGAGGAAAAUUUUUCUGUCAAAAUCUUAAGUUACUAAAAAAGUUGGUUGCACACUCAUAUGUAACCGAGAAAAUGCUGAAGGAGAAACAAUAA